AUGCACCAUACUACUUUCUCAUCACAAAUGAUGGCACAGAUGAUGAAUGGACAACAGACUAGUGGACCAUGCCCACCAUCUCAAACUCAUGCCAUGCAUUUCAAUAAUACAAUGAAUACAAAUACAUUGUACCAAACCAAUUACACCCAAUACAACCCGAAUGUUUAUGGACACGGUAGGCGUCGUACGAUGCAGACAGGAUUAAGGUCAUUGGAUUUGUUACGACAAUUAGGAGUUGACAUAUCAUCAUUACGGUACAUGGACUAUGCACAAUUAAACAAUAAUUUAUUUUCUGCUAAUUGGUCGAAAAGAAUGAACGCGUUUGCGGAUGUACCAGUUUUAAAUGUACCUCAACAAUAUACCAAGCCUUUAAAUAGCAAUAUAACAAAGAAACCAAACUGGUUCAAUAAAGAAAGGCCAUACAGUGGAACAUUCACAAAAAAUGAAUCAUAUAAUAAUAGUGGGAUUAGUCCUUGUCCACCAACACCAAAGAAAUAUUACAACAAUUUAACAAAGGUAUCCGAUGUUACUGGUUUGUCAGGGAGGCCAGAGAUAAAUAAACAUUUAGCAAUCAGAUCAAGAGAAAUAUCUUUAGAAUCUUUUUUGGGGUAUAUACAAGAAUAUUGUUAUACUCAGAAUAUCUGUCCACCAAUUUCAUUUCAAACAUGUAGAACAUGUAUGAGAAAACAUGAGAAAGGUGGUUUCCCAGCAUUAGGUCGUAUAUUUCACAAAGGCUUCAUAGAUCCUGAUAGAUAUCUUACUGAAUCUCGCUUGAUGGAAAUAACUUCUGUGCCAGGCAAUUUUGUCAUUGAAUCGAUAAAACGGGACGACCUAUCACGACAAAUUUGGUCGAUGUUUAUAUCAAAUCAGCAGACAGAAUCUACUUAUAGAAAUAAGAUAAUGCUAUGGAAAAAUCUUCAACGUCAUAUCAGGAAAUCAUAUAGAAGAUACGACUUGAUUAUGAUAGGUUCAACAAUGAAUGGAUUUGGUCUUGAAAGUAGUGAUGUCGACAUGUGCCUUUUAGUUAGGCAUGAAAAAGUGGAUAAUAGGGAUACGGCCCUCUUACACUUAAACCAAACAUUAAGAUGCCUGCAGAGAUAUAAGUCGGUAGAAAAUCUGGAAAUUAUACAAGCAAAAGUGCCAAUCAUAAAUUUUCACGAUUCAAGACAAAAUUUAAAUGUCGAUAUAAAUUGUAACAGCAGUGUCGCCAUUGUGAACACACAUUUAUUAUAUUGUUAUUCAAGAAUUGAUUGGAGGGUAAAACCGUUGGUGCUAAUUGUGAAAUUGUGGGCUCAGUUUCAUAAAAUCAAUAGUGCAAGGAAUAAUACAUUGUCCAGUUAUUCUUUGGCUCUCAUGGUCAUAAGCUUCUUACAGUGUGGCGUCAACCCUCCAAUUCUGCCGAACUUACAAUAUCAUACAAGCCACUUUCGAAGUUUUUAUCACGAAGAUAUUCAGCCCAUUAUUGAGGAUAUUCAUAAAAAAGAUCUAGGACCAAUAUACGUUGAUUCUUCGUUUUAUCCUAGCAAAAAUACACAAUCUCUCGGAGAAUUGCUUCAUGAGUUCUUUAAAUAUUAUCUAAGUUUUGAAUUUGAACACCAUGCGGUAUCUAUAGAGGCGGGAUAUAAAAUAAAGAAAGAAACUUGUCGUUCGGCAACCUACCCCAAUAACAACCGUGGUCAUUGGAAAUAUAUAGGUAUCGAAGAACCAUUUGACCGCACCAAUACAGCGAAAGCUGUCUUUGACAAGAAGAUAUUCUACAGGAUUCAAUCCGUGAUUGGUCAGUCGUACAAACGACUGGCUGAUAGUAAUGAUCUCAACAGUUUAUUUAUUGAGAUACCAGAAGAUCAAUGUCCAUCAUCUGAAUUACAUGAAUUUGAUGUACACGCCAUCUAAAUACUUCGUGUCUAGUAUCAUCUAGAUCGGCAUAAAAAAGCGUAAUCAUCAACUAGAACGUAAAUAAUACUUAAAAGUGCUCUAUUUUUGAUGAUUCUCAAGGAUUCGAUUGGAUCAGAAAUAGCAGGGAUCAGGGAUGUUGUUGGCUUAAAGGUCUGUGGAUAUAGCUGGAUAAAGAGAAGCGGAAUAAGGUUGUUUAGAUUUCUUUUUACACGAUGUGUUUAGCAUAUCUUGCAAUAUAACAACUUUUUGAACAAUUGAUAAAAAUUGUGAGAGGUAGAACAGAAUGAUAAUUUAUUCUGUGUUUCAUUUUUGAAUGUAAUUUAUAUUCUUUGGUUUUGUAAUUGUUUGUGAAGAAUUUCAGAGCUAUUAUUGACUUUAUACCACCUGGAAAGAAGACAGAAUGAUUUCUGCGUUGACUUAACGCAGUUUAGAUAUGAGCUUAUGUCUGAUAUUUCUCUUUUCUCUGAAAGAAUACUAAUUGUAUAAAAAAGCAAGUAUUAUUUGGUUCUAAUUAUUUUGUGGCGUGUAUAUUUUAUUAUGUAAUCUAUAGUUCAAAAAAAUUUCUAUUGAGAGAAUAUGUUGUUAGAGAAUAACAUUACAUAACAGUAUACAAGUGGAGUUGCGUAACUUAUUAUAGAAAAAUAUAAAUUCAGUCAAAAUUUGUAUCAAAAUUAAAUCGGUCCUUUCGAAUACUUUUCAAUAUUAAAUAUAUAUUUGAGAUCAAAAUGCACAUAUAAAUAUAUGCAUAUAUACGAUUAACUUAUUUGGCUUUCGAAUAUAUUUAUUUUUUUAUUUUAAAUAAUAUUUUCUAUCUUUUCUUGGUUUAUAAUAUUAUAUAAAAGAUACUAUUAGAAAUUUAUAUAUUUCCCAUAUAAAAUGAGUUUCUUUUCCUAAGAAUAGCAAUUAUAAAAAAUAAAUGCUGUUUUUUCAUAGAUAAUGCUACUUUAAAAUAUUAUUUUAACAUUAGGCGCAUAGUACUAAUUAAUAUAUAGUCAUUAACGUAAAAGCAAACCGCAAUUUUUUCCGAAUGGCAGAAAUCGUCGUAUCUGUGGAAAAUGCUAUAUACGAUGUUAAUUCUGAAAUUCUUCCACAACAAGCAAUCUAAAAAUUAAAGAACAUUAAAAUAAUUCAACAUUUAAAUGAUGAAAAGCACACUUAUAUCACAAAACAAACUUAGACAGUUGUAUUUAACUUGGUUCUAUUCUUCUAAAUCGUUUUUAGACCAGCGGAAAUUAAGUUGUCAGCAUUUAAGAAAAUAUGAAGUUAUUGUUUAGUGAUUUUAGUUACUUUAAUCUGAUUCAAAAUUAUUUCAAUGUGUUUGUCUUAAUGUUUAUUGUGUACAUAUAUAUAUGUUAUUAUUUUGUGCAACAAUCACACACACACACACACACACACACACAUACACACACACACGCGCGCGCAAUUAAUUAACGAAUAUAGAAUAUAUUACUAUUUUGUUAAAAUUAUAUAUAUUAACAUAUUCUCAAUCAAAGGUCUGAACUAUAGAGGUUGCAUAGAAUCUAUACGUUAUAAAAUAUUAAAAUAAUAUCCUAGUUAACAGAAUCAUAAAAAAGGAGAAAGCAAUACUUUUUUUUUUUGUAUAAUUACAUAAGAAAUAGCGGACGUAAACUCUGCUUUGUAUCGAAACUCUGUUAAUGAACUGUAAAAACUAUUUGUCUUCUUUCAGGGUAUUGUACAGUCAAUGAUAAUGUUGAAAUCCUACGAAAAACUAGUCUAAAAUUACAGGUUAUCAGUUAAAUUAAAAGAUAAAACGAAGGACGUGUUACUAUUCUAUUUCUUGUAAUUAUUAUAAAUUGUUCGAAAAAAAUAGCUGAAUGCCUUAAUAUACCAGGCAUAUGACAAGAUGUUUAGAACAGACUUAUUCCACUUCCUUCUGUUUUUCAAAAUCAUUAAAUCAUUAAGCGAUAUCUUGGCAUUUUCUUAAAUGUUGACGAUUUAUAUUCUGCUGGUCUAAAACGAUUUAGAAGGAUGGGACGAAGUGCAAUCAAAUUGUUUAGACUGCCUUGCAAUAUUAUUGCAAUAUUAUUUUGAUUUUAAUAUGUAAGUUAUGUAAGUUUAAUUUAGUAUUUCUAUUUUUCUUUCUAAUCUUUUGCUUUUUAUGGAAAAAUUUCAGAAUUUGUUUCAAUUGUAUAGCAUUUUUGAAAAAAAACCACAGGAUGGUUUCUGUCGUUCGGAAAAAAACAUCAGAGCGCUUUUAAUUAUUAUUUACAUUCUAGUUAAUGAACAUCAAUGCGAAUCUCGCGAUUAGUGUUAUGCGUCUAACAUUAAAAUAAUACUGUAGAAUAGUAGCAUUAUCUAUGAAAAAAAAAGAAAUAAGAUAAUAAAAUUUAUUUUCUUCUAUAUAUAUAUAUAUAUAUAUAUAUAUAUAUAUAUAUAU